ACUUCCGGCCGAAACACGGAACAACAGUGUGAGUAAAUCUAAAUGAAUUACUGCAGCUGCAGGUGAAACUGGACUGUAAUGUUUUAUAUUUCAAGGAGCAUGAGCUAGUGUCUGAAGUAAUUCAGCAGUCCAGCAUCAUCGCUGAAUAAACCCCACUGACUGUUACUUCAGUCAUUAGGUGUGUAUUGAAGCGGAGCGGUAGAUCAUCAUCAUGGGCCUGUUGUCUGACCCGAAUCGCAGAAAAGCCCUGACCAACCUCCUGACCCGCCUCAACACACCCAUAUGUAUGGUGUGCUACCUGGCAGCCAUAGUGUGGUUCAUGGGCCUGGCGUUCGAGCCCUUCACGCUGCGCACGUACAUGUCGGAGAACGCCAUGGGGUCCACCAUGGUGGAGGAGCGCUUCUCCGCGGGCGAGCGGGCGCUGGCCACCGCCAAGGAGUUCGACGCUCACAAGAGGAAGGCAGGAGGGAUGCCGGUGGACUGGUUAGUGAAGACGAUGCAGGCUCGAGGACUGGAGGUGUUCACCCAGAGCUUCUCCCGCAAGCUGCCGUUCCCUGAUGAGAACAAGGAGAGAUAUAUGGUUCGAGGCACGAAUGUGUACGGGAUCCUGCGUGCUCCCCGCGCUCCUCGCACAGAGGCACUCGUCAUCAGCGCCCCCUGCAGUCCUGGACACAGCAACAACCAGGCGGUCGGCCUUCUGCUGGCUCUCGCGCAGUACUUCAGGAACCAGGUGUACUGGGCCAAAGACAUCAUCUUCCUGGUGAACGAGCACGAUCUGAUCGGCAUGCAGGCCUGGCUGGAAGGAUACCACCACACCAACAUUACAGGGAUGGAGUACUCGCCCCUGCAGGGCCGCGCCGGCUCGAUUCAGGCCGCCCUGUCGCUGGAGCUCAGCAGUGAUGUCAUCACCAGCCUGGACCUGGUCCUGGAGGGGCUCAACGGGCAGCUGCCCAACCUGGACCUGGCCAACCUCUUCUACGCCUUCUGCCAGAAGCUGGGAGUGCUCUGCACCAUCCAGGGGAAGCUCCAGAGGAACGACUGGGACACGGCGGAGGGCUACACACACGCGGCUCAGACCAUGAUGCUGAUGGUGCUGAAACAGGCGUGUGGGCGCUCGUGGGGCGAUCACGGCCUCUUCCUGCGAUACCACAUCGAAGCCGCCUCUAUCCAGGGCAUCAACAGUUUCAGGCACUACAAGAUGGACGCCACCACCAUUGGCAGAUUGUUGGAGGGAAUGGCCCGUAAGCUGAACAAUCUCCUGGAGCGUCUUCAUCAGUCGUAUUUCUUCUACCUCUUGCCUUCUCUCUCGCGGUUUGUGUCCAUUGGCUACUAUAUGCCGGCGUUUGGCCUCCUGGCUGUCAUCUUACUGCUUCGAGCUCUGGAUCUCUGGGUUCAUCUGGGAACGCCGGAUGUGGCCGCGGUCGAUGGAGUCAGUGAAGCCGAGCGGCCGCCGGGUCCGGGCGUGUUGUCAGUGUUGACCCCAGUGGUGAUCAGUCACCUGACCGGUGUGGCGCUGUACCUGCUUCCUGUUCAUCUGCAGGAGAUCGCAGUUGAGCACUUCCCUGUGUCUGAAACUGAAGCUGUGGUGCUCACUGCUAUUGCCAUCUACACCGCAGGCCUAGCCCUGCCACACAACACACAACGGUUGUUGUCUGGAGAGGGAACGGAGCAGGGCUGGAAAGUGCUGAAACUGACGGCUCUGCUCUAUCUCGCAGUGCUGUUGGGCUGCACGGCCCUCAUUAACUUCUCUCUGGGCUUCAUCUUGGCCGUCACACUGGUGCCCAUCACCGCCAGCAUCACGCCACACAUGCCCAAAGCGCUGAGUGCUAUGGUGAUGGUGCUGCUCAGUCCUGCCUUCACCAUCCUCUACUGCGUCUUCAUCUACCAGGAGCUCAUCGAGGUGCCCGUCAGCAUCAGCGAGGGCUGGAUGCUGUUCCUCUCGGUCAUCUCGCAGGGCAUUCUGGACCACGCGCUGUACGGCUCGCUCGUGUACCCGCUGCUAGCCCUGUUCGUGUACCCCUGCUGGCUGAUGUUCUGGAACAUCCUCUUCUGGAAGUAACCAUCUUAGUUCUCUCAGAAAAACCACACGCUGUGCCAAUCGUGAGGAUUCGCUGUCCAUCUGUGUCACUGGAUCUAGGCGGAUGUCAGGCGCUGCGAAAGUACGAAUAAAGAGUGUUUAAUGGUGUGACUUCAACGGUGAGACUUCUUCGGUUUUGAAGUUCAAGUAUUGAGUGUGUUUGGGGGAAUAUAGGGAUUUAUUUCUGGCCCGAAUGUUGUAAACCGAUUCACAAAGCAGGACAGAAGCAACGAAGCAAAUGCAGAAACAUUCAAAUUCAUUGGGAGUGGACUUAUUGGGUCAUUUAUUAUCUUGGUAACACUAUUUUACAGUGUCCUUGUUACAUAUGUUACCAUAGUAAAUUAUGCAUUCUUACAUGCAACUAACCCUCAACCAAACCCUAAUCCUACAGUAAGUACAGAAUAUUAGUACUAAUAUAUAAUUACACUGUAACAAUGACACCUUAAAAUAAAGCGUAACCCACUUUACAAUAAGGUUAAUUAGUUAACAUUAGAUUGUGUUAGCUAACAUGAACUAACCAUGAGCAAUACAUGUGAUAUAGGAUUAGUUAAUCUUUGGUAGUAAAUCCAGCUAAGAUUUUAAUAAUGUAUUAGUAAAUGUUGAAAUUAACAAAGAUUAUUAAAUGCUGUGGAAAGUCAUUAUUAGCUCAUGUUAACUAAUGUUAUUAACUAAUGAACCUUAUUGUAAAGUGUUAGCAUUAUCUCAUGAUAGAAAAGGUUUUACAUAGUUUUGGGUGCUGGAAUCUUCUUAUUAAUAUGAAAUAUGAAACAGCAUUGUAACCUCCUCUUUAAUGCAUUACAUGGAGUUUAUUUCAUUUGUGCCAGGAAACUCUGUCUUCAUAUCCUGCAGUGAAUUAUGCACAUGGCAUGGAUCAUUUUGAUUAUUAAAGUUGAAUAAAAUGACUUUAAACAUAA